AUUAAGCUUAACAUGACAUACCGUUUUCGAACGCAACCCUGUUGGCAGUUACCCGAUUCUUGGCAGUCUCCCAUAUGUUGAUGUUUGUUGGUGUUGGUAGCUCCAUUGUGCAGUGUGCUGUCACUAAAUUUGAACCCAUAUUAUAAUUUAAUAGUUUUAACACAGGUUUUAAUAUAGCUACGUCAAUACAUUACUGUACAACAGAUUCUACUGCUAAGUAAAGUAAACCAGGUCAUAACAUCACACAAAAACUUCAAGACUACACCUACGUUACCUACGUAUUAUGAUUUGAAAAUUCCUAGAAAGGUUGUAAUAAUUAGUAAUGAAAUAUUCACAAUCACAAUUAAUACUCAUGAAUUGAUAAGUCUAGUUGUUGUUAGACAUUCCAUUCAAUUCAGUAACAAUGUGGGUCCCAACUCAUGUGCAGGUGACAGUGCAGAGGGCAAUUGGUUUAAUAACAAAAGGUAAAAACAACACAAAUGAUUGCUUUGUAACCAUAGGACUGGGAAAAAUAAAAUAUCAAACUUCAGUUAAGGAGAAAGCUUCGGCUGCAGUUGAAUGGCAUGAAGAAUGUGAACUUCCCAUACCGGAUCAAGGCAACACUGCAGAGAUAGUUUUAACAGCACUACAUCACAAUUUUUUGGGAGUGGAUGAGUUUUUAGGCAGAGUCACUAUACCGUUGAAUACUUUGGACAUAUAUGAGAGGCCGAAAAACAAAUUGUAUCCCUUACAAUCAAAAACUGGUCAUAAACAAAAAGAACGAGGGCAGCUAGAAGUUAAAAUAGCCUUCAAUGUGAAAUCUGGCAGUCUCACAAAUCUGAGCAAAAAAGAGAAACAAAAAUCAUCCCUGUCCGUAGUAGCUCAAUCUGUUGGAGGAAGUUUAUUAAGCCUGGGAAGCGGAGAAAGGAAAGGAAUAAGAAAACUUGCCAAGUCUAUAGGGUCAAAAUUACAUUUGAAGGGCAAGAAGAAGGAUGAUUUUGAUGAUGGAGCUUCCUCCAUUGGAAGUGUUGGCAGCUUGAAUAUGCGUAGCCAAACUUUAAACAGGAAAUUUAGGAGCAAACAGACUCUUGAAGAUGCAGAUCCUGGAGUUGUAAGUGACGAAGAUGAAUUUACUUUUGACGAUUUGUCCCACAAAAGUUCUGCUAGUUCUCUAAGCAUCCAAGCAAAUGUUUCCAGCACCGCAUCACCUCCAGCCAUAAAGGAACCUGUACCAGAAAAUGCACCUUCUAAUAACAUUGUGAUUCCUGUACCUGUGUUGGCCAAAAGUCAAGUACUUCCUCCUUCAAAACCACCAAGAUCUGAACCUAAACCUCAACAGGAUGAAUGGGAAACCAAGUUAUUUGGAAACUCCAAACCUAAAGUUACAUUACGACCUAGCUCUAGUGAAUCGUUAAAUCGAAGGUCAUGGGACUCUUCCAAAUUAGUCUCUCAAAUUGUUGAAGAAUCCGAAAGUCUUGCUAGUCCAUCCACGAAUGAAGACAACAUUAGCAUCAAGUCGACACCAGACACCACAAAAAGGGAUGACAAGGAUGGAAUGUUUUCGAAGCUGAAGAAUAAUUUUAGAAAAGAUAAGGAAAAAAGCGAAACAUCACCAAAACGUGACAAAUCUGCAAACAACUCUAAUGAACGUGUUCUGAUAGGAGUUGAACGGGAGGCUACACCUGGAAAACCAAGUAACCACAUAUCAAAUGAACUUUUGCAGAAGUUCCAAGGAAAAACUAGAGAGGACUUGAUUCUGGCCUUGACUGAGACGCAGAGUGACCUGGAGAAACAGAAAAAAAAACUGAAAGACCUUGAAGACUAUCUGGACGACCUUUUGCUGAGAGUUAUGGAAACCACGCCAAAAAUAUUACAAAAUCCUUAUGUCACCUACAAACUAUCACAGAAGCAAUAUUUAUAACUAUGACUUGAUAUUGAAGUAAGAUGUCAUGUAUCCAUAAGAAAUAGAGGCUUAUAUCAAGUUCAUAUGUUGUGAAGUGAAUGAUGUUCUGACACAAUCGAACAAAUGAAAAUUGAGGGCAGAAUGGUCCUUCGGUUAACCAAGGACCAUUCUAUUCACAAUCUUCAUUCCUUCCUGUUCUCAAGAUAGGUACUUGUUGAUAAUAUAAUAAUAUAAGCCUCUAUUUGCUACUUUCUAUUGAAGUAUUCGAUACUCGUUUCUAGGCUCACAUUUUGACUUAGAUAGGGGCUUAUAUCAAAAAUUAUCUUGCAAAGUGAAUGUUGUCUUCACAAACCGUUCUUCGGUUAUUGAAGGGCCAUUCUUCUCCAAAUUUUCUUUCCUUUGAUCAUGUCCAGACAUCAAUCUCUACAGCCUAUCAUAAAACUAGUAUUUAUAACUAUGACUUGAUAGUACUACAGUAAGAUUUCAAGUAUCCGUCGUAAAUAGAGGCUCUUUAAAGGGUCUUAAAAACGAAAAUAAAGAUGGCUACGAUUUUUUAAACUAUUCACUAUUCCGCUUUUUUGUUGUAUCGAAAACAUCUUCUCAAGCAAAAAUCUUCUGACAAAUGACGAAAUAAUAAUGCCAAAAAUGUGCCACUGUGGCAUUUAUUUAUGGAAACCGACGCGACGUAACGUUUGUGUAAUCAAAGCACUCCGAUAAUUAUUAUUUUUUUUUUAAGUCCUGGUAUCAAAAAGUACAGUAUCCGUCAAAAUAAAACAGUACCGAACAUACAGGUUAUAUCAUUUAUUAAUUUGUAUAAUGCGUAUAUGUUCAAAAAAUGCUUCAUAGCUACGCAAAAAAGCUUCAUAACGAUUCUGCAAGUCAUUAAAAAUAUUUAGUGAGAGUGGUUGCUGAAAUUUUUCUGAGGCUUGUUUCAAACUUGAGCCUUUAUUCCUUCCAAUUCCGUAUGAAAGGAAAUAGUGCUCUACUAAGAAAACUGUUUCUUCAGUUGAAAGAUACAUAAUGACGAAGAUUUUAACCUUAAUUUAAUGUCAACCUCAUAACUAAUGCCAAGUAAGCAGAAUAUGAUAAAUGCAACUUGCGUGCGCAAUUACUGAGAGCUCUAAAUUUCGGUACUGUUUAUUUUGGCGGAUACCAUAUUUGGCAAUAUGAAUGAUGUCCGGACACAAUCGCAGAAAUGAAGAUUGAGAUAAUUUUUCUACUAAUCUUCAUCCAUGAAUCUUUAUAAAACUAUUUAGUAUGGUUUCUUUUCAAAUUUGGAGGAUAGCUUUUCAUGUGUUAGACUAUAAGCAAAUUUACAAGAAAGCCAUCAGAAACAAAAACAUUGAGCUCAUAAAUGUAACAAAACUUACAGGUGAUAUUAUAGAGUAUCGAGUACUUAACUAACCAUGAAGAUGUAUUUCAGCAUAGAAUCUCGUUCGGUUCUGACAGGCUAGCCUUGUUGGAUAUUGACUAGUUUAAGAUUGGUUUUGAAAAAACUUGCCCACAAACAAGACCAUUCACCUAAGUUUAUUAAUUUAUCCAAUACUUGGUGAAACUUGAAAUUCAUCACAACAAAAAUACAAAUAAGUCUUAUCGAUGAAAUAAGUCACUUUUUUGACAUCACUAGUAGUAUCAUCACUAGCUACCGGAAUCAAUCCGGUGACUAAGAAAAAAAAUUAUAUUUUUCCAUGUAUUGACUGUAUCAACAAUAUUAUGUACCUAUUCAACUUUUUUGUUUUAUGAUUCUAGUUAUUGCUAAUUUAUUAUUAUAUUUUAUACACUUAUAUUAUUUUGUCCAAAUAAGGAAAAAAAGUUGUCACAGCUAAAAAAUAGGAAAGUUACAGCCUAAUAGUAAAAACAAAUAUGUAGCUGUAACAAAGCUUAUAUUUGAGUAGUGGCAAAAGUGAUAGCUGAUGCAACUUUAUUAUGACGUAAUUCACACUAAGAAAUAUAAUUAUGUAGGAAAUUUUUUUUCUGUAAUAUCUUACAUUAAUUCCAUAUUAGCCUGUAUUUUAGUAUCCUGGAGGGCGGCUGCUAGGUUAAUGUUCGAUUAUUUUUAUAUUGUUCAGGGUUGUGACCUUAAUUUGACGACAGAAAAACCAACUCACCCUGUAUAAACAUUAUAUUAAGUGCCUUUCGUGCAGUGAUAUUGAGAAAGGUAUAAACAUUAUUAUGUACCUAUUCAACUUUAUUAUUUUGUAAUUUUAAGUGCUAAUUAUAUUUUUACUGUGUAUACACACCUGCCAUCCAAUGGACUUACUCCUUCAGAUGCAUACUCAAAAGAUUGAACGAGAUUUGUAAGUUCCACAGGCUUUCCAGUAAAAGGUGUUAAGUGUACAAAUACACAGUCACUACCUACUCGUACUUACUAUAAGCUUGUAUCACUUUCAGUCACUACUAGAUUAUGCAAUAGGAGUGAUUGUGUCCGGCAAGACAAUAGAGCGAGAGAGAGAGUUAUUGGACGUGCAAUAAGGACAAGCACUAUUUAAAUUAGCCUUAUUUUGACAUCUACGCAUGCGCAUUUGGGUCUGAAAAUAAGGAUUUCCUUAAUAAGGUUACUGCUUGUCUUUAUUUGUGUAUGGUUUUUAGUUUUAUUCCUUUCAAGAGCUUGAAACACUAGAGCUACUCGCUCCGGUGUUAGUCGACCCCGAUUUGAAAGGAACAGAUGCACUGGCUUUCAUGCAUUUAAAUGGUUUGAGUCGGGCUAGAGCACUCAGGUGCAACAAACACUUUUCGAAAAGAAUAAGCGCCUAAUGCCCCGGAGCUUCCUAGGUAUGAAAGGAAUACAACUAGUGCGAGGCAGUAAACUUCCCUUAUUUCAAUAUUUCUGACAUUUUUGACGACUUUGACGUUUCGCUUUUCGACGAUGACAUAAUUUUACUAGAAAAUUUGUUUUUCACAAUAGUUUUUCAUUUUACUGUAGGUAAUAUCAAAAAAUGGGUAUUAGCAGAAAAUCACAAACAAAAAUAAACACUUUUUGAGGUUGAAAUUUAUAAACAUAGCUAUCAGCUGUCAAAAUUAUGAAUACAAAAUAAGGUAAUACUCUAACACCUACAGCAGGGCUGUCCAACUUCAAGAGCCCCACUUUAAACAAAAUUACGGUUUGGAGGGCCGCAUUAUAAAAUACUUCAAAUGCAACUUCAUUUGUGAGUUUUAAUAGGCAUGGUAUACAAAGAAAAAACGCGUUACUAUAUACGAUAUAUGUGCCGCGUGGCUUCUCGAAUAUUAAAUUUGAUUUGGUUCGAAAUUUGGAACGUUUCUGGGAUUGCGGAGAACUGCUUGCGCACAAAAAUAAUAGAGGACUGUUCUAAUACUAGUUCUGAACCGAUUCGGAACCAAAGAAACCAAACACGCCGCAAAUCACAAAAUUCUGAAACAGUUCCUCCUUCAGAACAAGAACUGAGAGAACCAUUCUAGAACAAUCCCAGAAUUGUUCUUAAAUAGUUCUAGAUAAACCAAAACACUGUCAACACAGUUCGAUUACGAUUCUGAAAAAACGAAAACGCGUUUUAUAUUAUGCGCAUGUGCAGAAUGAUUCUGAACUAGUUCUGAGUGAAACCAAAACAAAGCUAUUGUCGAGCAAGAUCGGUCCGAAUUCUAGUAACUUCGCUGCGACUUUCUAUCCUUCGCCAGUGGCGUCACAUGUUUUUUUAUUUCCGUUUUAUCGUGAAUGUAAGCAUUGUGCAUAUUCUAUAUUUGAGAGUAAUUUAUAAAUUUGGGGGCCUGCUCCGCGGGCCGCAAAAAGUGCUGCCACGGGCCGCAUGCGGCCCGCGGGCCUCUUGUUGGACAGCACUGACCUACAGUAUUCCAAUAACUGUUAUUUUCUUGGAAAAAUAGUGCUGUUGCACUAAUAAAAUAAGGCAGAUUCCUUAUACUGCGAGGCAGUAUUUAAUAAUUCCAAUAACUCUCUAUUAAAUAGAAAUUGAGUUCCCCUUCAUUAGGUACAGACUGGUUUGGAACUUGACAGUUCAUGUCAGUCAAUUUGGAUUUCUGAUUUGGCAUGCUUGCUUGUGUGGCACUGACUAGAACUAAUAAGUUUCAAAACCAGUUUGUAACUAGCGAAAUAUCUAGUGAAUCGGAACUCAAUUUUCUCAUCAUGGUUCCACAAAGCACAAUCUCUCGUAUUGCAUGACCUAGCAGUGUCUAAAAGCGAUUUAGACUUAUGGUACUUUUUAUAUUUUCAAACCUCUAGCGGGAUAAGACAUUCACCAUAAAAAGACAUAGCAUAUUAGGCACACUAGCCUUGCUGUACGAACAAACUUGAACGGCGAUCAAUGUGAUAGGGGCAUAUGGCGUAUUUAGUUUCCUCAUUCACAAAAGAGACACCAUAAUGUGCCUUGUGGCAUUCAACGUGCUAAACGAACAAUAAGGGAAAGUACAUUUUGCCUACCCUGUAUUUAUUAUCAUGGCUGUUAAUUUAAAAGGCAAAACUAAACUUUAUUCUGUUAGGUUUUUACUAUUCUACAAAACAUACAUAAAAAAGUUGUAUUUGGUGUUUAUUUUAUUUUUGGAUGAUUUGCGCUGUUUUUUUCAAUAUAUGGAUGAUUCCUAGAUAAAGUAUAUUGAGUCAGUCAUGUAAUGCCAUAAGCCCAUGCAGUACGGACAUAGCGGCGACUAACUCCAGUAAUGGUUAAAGGCUUAGGUUGUUGAGUAUUAGUAAAAAAAUGGCGGUAAAAUACGUCAUGGCAAUCACAUGACUUACUCAGGCUUUAGGUUUAGCAGGGUAAGCUAACUAUAAUUUAUUGAAGAAUAUUCCUGAAAAAGUGCUUGAAUAAAAUGUUUUAAAAUUUAUGAUACACCUUUAACUAUUAUUAACCAUUUAAGUAAAUUUUAAUAUUUAACCCGGCAUUACACGCGUCAAGAAACUUACGUCAUUACACGCGUACGGUCAAAUCGACCGACUGCCCAAAAGUUUAUAUGAAUUAUUAGCUUUUUCCGCGGAGACGAUCCCAAACGUAUCCUGAACGCUAAGGCGUGACCUAUACAGGUUAACUAAUCAAUAGAGACAUGAAACUUUCAAAUAUUACCUGCGUAAGUCAUGCCUUAGAAUUCAGGAUUGAGGAUACGUUUGGGAUCGUCUCCGCGAAAAUAGUGUACAAGCACUAUAAUUCUUAGAAUUCAUAAUCAUAACAAAGGGAAAUAUAUUAUGCAGUAUAGCUAGCGUAUUAUCGACAUCCAAAAGUACUCCGAAGAUCAGAAAAUGCCAAUUUUGAACACAAAUAUUUUAGAUACUCAGGUUCGCGCGCCUGGUCAAAAGCACAGAGUAUGAGAACAACGAACUAUACAUCAACCAAAAACCAAAAUAUUUUUGGGCCAAUGGGUAGUGGAAAACCUGCAUCAGGCAUUAUUGGAUGGACAAAGCUGCCACCCUUGUACCAGUGGCGUAAUUACUGAUUUUAUCAAUGCUCGUUCCUUUUGACCGACACGCGUGUACUCCUGGGUCUAUUUGAGUCAUUGAUUAAAAACAUUCAGAGAUUUGAUCAUAUAACUAAAGUCUUUACAUUGCAAAUUUGAGUGUAUGUCUAGAUGAAAAUAUGCUAUACUGUUUUCUCCAAUUCAUUCUCUAGCAGUUUUUUUUUCCGAGGGUUUCAUCCCCAUUGAUCAGAACCAUCAAAUGAAAGAAGGAUUAUGAAAAUUCCUUAAUUUCAACACACCGCAUUUCUGCCUGGAGCUUAAAAUAUUUGUACAUGUGUUUCCGGAAAUUUUGAAAAAUAUGAUGUCCUUUAAGUUGCGCAAUUCUGACAUAUGAAAGAAAUUAUGCUUUAUUAUUAGUUAUGUCCAUUUUUCUUUAAACAUGGCAUUCUCAAACUUAGCAAGAAGAACAAAUUUAUUGUGAAGGAAUAAUCGAACUAUUCCAAAACCUGAUAGGUCGUGGCAUCGUUUCGCCUUUAGGAAUUACGAAUCUUUGUUUGUUUGUUAUUUUUAUACACAAGUCCAUGAAAAAUUUACUGUGAUCAAAACAUUCACAUUUUCUUUCAUAUACGUACUAAAUUUUGAAAAUGUAAUUGUUUUUGUAUCGUUAAUCUUAAUUGUUUAUAAUUUUAUUCUAUAUAGCUAAGCAUUAAGUUUAGCUUGUACUGCUUGUAGGUCAUUGACAAAAGGUAAUUAUAAUAAGACAUCUACAACAGAAUUGUAUUAAACCGUAUUACUUUCAAUUUUUUCAAUAAUUCGCGAUUUUAAUUCCAUUUUGCUUAGCUAUUUAGGUAUAAAAAAUAUUGUUUUUGAAAUGUCAUAGGUACUCCUUGUUUUAGUUUUAUUGUUAAAAUAUUAUAUAAUGCUUUCUAAGCACAUUUUUUAACUUAGAUAUUUUAUUUUAUAAUGAUAUGGUUGAGGAUGGGUUAACCAUUUUAUAUAAUGUAUAGUAGGUAUAUUUAAACUAAUAAAUUAUUUAUUUUUAAAAUCGCUUUUUUUAUUUAUUUACAAAUUCAAAAACAACAGGUUUGGAUUUUCAAUUUGUUUCUUUAGAGUUUCAAUAAAGCUGGCCAUACUAACUCCAUCAAUUACUCUAUGAUCAGCUGCUCCACUUAUGUUGAUUAUUUCUUCUUUUAUUAUAUUCCCUUCUUGAUCAAAUCUUGGCAGAAUCUGAAAAUAUAAACGUUUUAAGUCUAUCCAAAUCCAAGGCGUUAUAAAACAAUAACCGCCACACGCGUGAUCAGUCGUUUGCAGGUGGACAGUACGGUUCUUAUUGGUCGAUUCUGGUUUUCUGGCGAUCUUGGACUUGUGCCAAAUUUCAAGCGAACAUUCUCGCCAGUCGAUCACAAGGGUAGCGCGUAAUUUAGUUGUCAGUUAGUUCUUUGUUAAUUAGUUCGACGUUCGUCUUGGAUUUGGAUAAACAUUAGUUGAAAACUCAAGUUCUUUGUAGAUGUUUUUAAAUAUUUAUUUUAAUAACUAUUUAUUUUCUCAGAGAUAUUUUUUUUUAAAUUUAUUUUAGAGUCUAUCCUAGUCACUAUAUUUUAAGAUGUGUUGGACCAGAAAAAUGUGAACAUUUCAAAUAUUAUCUGGAUCGAAGCUUAUCAUAAAAUGGAAAAAUAUUUGACUUUCAUGGUCCAGAAUAUACAGGGUGAUUUACGUAGCCCGUGCAUCAGAAGUUUUUGAGGUUGCAGGAGGAUUAGAAACUUCACAAAUUUGGUUUCUAGCCAUAAUCAAUCGUUCCGUUAUCAUCACCUAAAAUAUUUUCAGAUGUUUAACUAUACAGGGUGUAGCAAAUGUAAGCACUAACUUUCUUAUUUCAAAUAGAAACUCGCAACUUUUUCAACAUAGUUCGAUUGGCCUUAGAAUUUUGAGUUUGGACAACGCAAGUUUUGUCAACUUAUCUUUUAUAGUUUUUGACAUGUGUCAUUUUUUCUUUUAAAAAUUGCCUCUGCAGUUGUUUAUGGAAAACCAGGUUACUCGAGAACUGUUCUAAAAUAAAAACCCAAAUUAAGAACAUAAUCAGCUGAAAGGUCAGGCUAACUUCUGAUGUGUGAUUAGUGCGCCUAAGUUUAUUUUAUGCCAUAUGGGAAUGCAAACAUCGGAAUCAAUAAUGGUCAAAAAGUCGAUUUUUUCAAAUGUCACUUAUUAUGUUUCUUGGCACCAUUGGAGAGAAAAUUGAAUUUUACAGGGCGUUACUUGACCAUUCCCUUUACCUAACUUGAUUCGUUAUCGAGUUACAUAUUCAUAAAAAUCAAGAAAUCGCGUAACUCGUCAACAGAUUUCUUGAUGUGUCAACUAUGUCAUGGAAACAGAAGACAAUCUUCACAAUGAGUUAACAGAAAAAAAAAUAACAAGACGAUAAAGACCAACAGCAAAUAAUAAUAUAAGUAUUAAAAAACUAGAAAAACAACAAAAUUUUUACUUUAACAUAUUGCGUAGUGCGUCUAAUUUCAUUGGGUUCGAUACUGUCAAAAGCCUGUUCUAUUCUAUGUGUCAAGUUGUGUAGGUUUUGGACUGCUGAAGAAUAAACCAAAUCUUUUAUCCGAACCCACACGUGAAAAUCUAAUGGGCUGAGAUCUGGGGAUCUCGCAGGCCACAGGAAUGGUCCUCGAUUUUCUUACCAAAUGGUCAUCGAAUAACGCAGUCAGCUUCGUAUGGACAGCUCUUAUGUUGUGCGCUGGUGCCCCAUCCAUCUGUUACCAUAAAUGUGCAUAUCUAGCCAAUGGAAAAUUUUCUACAAAUGUUUCUACCACAUUUUAUAGAAUUUCCAAGUUUCCGCAUUCAAAUUUUCAUCAUACAAAAAAUAGCGUACCUGUCGAUUCAUCACCAAACAAACAACUUCUUUCACCAUAUGUGGAUUUUCGGAAGCCCAAAAAUGUCGAUUUCGCGUCAGUGGCGGUUCCUCCAUAAGAGCACAUGUGCACGUGCACUCCCAAAUUAAUAUCAAACAACUUUAAAUUUAAUUUUAUCAUUCUUCAAAUUUUAACAAUCUACCUGUAAAGUAUUAAUUUAAAAAAUUAGUGGCCAAAUGCGCCAGCAAAACAAACGCAACCGGCAACGCUGGAAUCACAGCGUCCACCGCGUCGCCUGAUCGCCCCGUUCACUGCACAUUUCAAUAUUAAAUCCAAUUGGUGGAACUAUGCCCCCCGCACUCUUUGUUCCCCGCGAAGGUCUAGCGACGUUCGAUGUUUUAAGCUGGCUGGUGUGCACAUGUAGUCAGUGCACUUUGGGAUCGGAAGCUGUUGUUUUAUAUUUAUUUCGAUUUCGAGCGCGAUUUAACUGAAAACUGUGUGUAGAAUGGCGGGAUUUCUGAACCCCGAUAGCCUUAGCGUGCAAUAUUUAAAAACAAUUAAAUUUUCUUCGGUUUCUUUGGAGGAAAAAAUCCAAAUCAAAUGUGUCGGCCGUCCAAAGCCAAAUUUAAUAAUCACCAACAUAACAAAAUGCAAAAGUCGUGAUUAUAAACGAACUUUUAAAAUGGAAACUUACGAAAAAACUGACUGGUUGUGCGGUUGUGAUGUUAGUAAUAGUCUUUACUGUUUUCCCUGUUUGUUAUUUGGAAGCGAUGAAGCAUCAGAAUGGACAAAAUCCGGCGUUAAAGAUUUAGUACAUUUAUCCGAAAAAAUUAAAAAACAUCAAAACUCAAAAUCACAUCUUACUCUUAUCUUUCAAUACAAAACGUGUCUGUGAGAUUGAAAACUAUAAUACAUUUAUGUAUAAAAACAAUUGUUAGACCAGGACGAUGUACUCAGCGAGGUAAGUUACUUUGUUACUUAAUUUCUAGUUUAUUGAUAUAAGAUCCUUCAAUUUCCACGAUUUGAUAGACCGAAAAAAGUAUUAAAUUGAGCUUAGUUGGUUGUUUGGUAGGGUAGAUAUGAAAUCCCUUAACAAUAUUUUUAAUUAUUGGUAGGUAAACACAUCACAUAACUCAUACGAUCACUUACAAUAAAUUAUUUUUUUAAAGGCCUAAAAUAAACACUUCUGGGCGUGGCACCCCGAAAAAUUUCGCGCCUCCGGCGGCGCCUGCGGCGGGCAUCCCCCUUUCGGCAUUUAUUAUGAAUUACAAAUUAUGUGCACCCCCAAUAUGUUAUACCACGAGCCGCCACUGUUUCGCGUAUUGUAAACUCCUUGCUGACAAAAUUUUGCUUCAUCAGUCCAUAUUAUAUUUUCUAAGAUACUGUUUUGCUUAUGUAUUUUAAGCAAAUGGUCCUGGCAAAAAUAACCCUACGAAGAAAAUCACCUGGCUGUAAUUUUUGCAGCCUUAUAAAUGAAAAAGGAUGUAUAGGUACCUAGUUUAUGGCGAUGCAAAAUCGUUUAUAUUUUAGAAUAUGAAAAGCCCAACUCCAAUGAGACUGUUUGUAUUGAGGUCUUAGGAUAUGCUUGAAAAUAUCCCAGAACAGUAAUUUGAUUAUCGUAAUUGCCAGUUACUGGUUUCAAUCUAGCAAUGGGUCUAGUCACUACCGAAACUUCGAAAAUUGUUAAUUAAACUUGCAAAUAUUCCCCUUGUCAUCCAGGUGUGGAUAUUUCAAACUGAACUGAUGGAUGGUUGGCUGGAUAAUUUUUUGACACCUGCCAUGGAUUAUAAACAAAUCCAAAACCACUUCGUGUGGAUAGUUUUCCAUUUUCAAAAUAAUUUUACUUGGUCCAGAAUAAUAACCGAGGUGGUUUAAUUAUUUCAAACUUGACAGACUGUUGCAGUUGUCUGUGGCAGUUGAAUAUUUCCUUCCGAAUAAUUAGUCAAUCUAGAUCACGUGAUUCAAUAUGAUCGUUUAGGUCCAAUAUUGUGGUGACGUUGCCAAUGUCAAACCUAAACGUCUAGAAUGUGACAAAAUAAGUUAUUUUUCAUUGAUUUUCAUCAGUAGCCUAAAUGUAAACAACACCGUGUUCGACCUGAACAGCCAUAUUGAAUUUCGUUUGACAGGUCAAUCGAUUCCCUAAUUUUGACCAGACAGAUUAAGUGACAAUCUUGAAUCUUGGUCUUGGUGUCAAAAAUCAUUUUCAGGUGGAAAAAUUGUCUAUCAGCAGUUGUGAGCUAGUUUACUGGAAUAUGUAUCCGCGGCAAUUCACAAAAUGCCAGUAUUUUCUGACAGCUGCUGUGAGGUGAUAUUUUUGACACCGAGACAGGUCAAAAUUAAUCAGAAAAAAAACAGUUAGACAUGACAUAGGACACAGUGGCUGGCUGGGUAAUUGCAUCUGCGAGCAAAAUGAGCAAAAUUUGACAGAUGUCACGUGAUUUGACACGUGAAAAAAGAUAAGUGAUCACAUGACGUCUGUCACAGUUUGCUCUUUUUGCACGCAGAUGCAAUUACUGAACCCAGCCAGUCAGACAUGACAUAGGACUAUAGGACAUAUCAGGGUACUUAUUCUUGAAACAGGGGCCGGCGCAGCGCUCCCAGGAGAACGACAGUACAACGAGUGUUCCGUCUUUGUUACUCAUAUUAUCAGUUGUAUAUCAUUGGGAUUGAGGAAGACGGAACACUGGUUCUUUUUGAAACGCUGCUCUCGUUUCAAGAAUAAGAACCCAGAGAUUCUGUGGCAAGUUACGGGGUUUCUUUAUUUUUAUGAAUAACUCGAUCACGACUCAAGUUAAGUAUAGGUAAUGCUUGCCUGCACCCAUAUGGUAUGAAAUAGGAGGCGGGAGCACUACUGACACAUCAGAAGUUAACUUGAACUUUCAGCUGAUUAUCUUCUGAAUUUGGAUUUUUAAUUUAGAACAGUUUUCGAGUAACCUUGUUUUUCGUAAAAAAACUGCACUGUCAAUUUUUUAAAGAAAAAAUGACAUAUGUCAAAAACUAUAAAAGAAAAGUUAUUGACAACAUUUGGGUUGUCCAAACUCAAAAUUGUAAGGCCGAUCGAUCUAUGUUGAAAAAUGUUAAUGAAAAGUCGGUUUUCGGCUUAUUUGGACUUUAUUUAAUGAAAUAUCUAAAUCAACAGCCAACGUUUCGACGCAUUCCGCAUCAUUCUCAUGAAUCGGUCCGAAUGAUACGAUUCAUAGCUUUAAUAAUCUAGGUAAGGUAAACUUUGGUAAGGUAUUUUGUAGAUAACAAUACGACGUUUUUAUUAGUCAAAUUAGGUAAUUGGUUCUAUGUUGUCUGGAUUGAUAGUUUUUCAAAAAUAUAAUUUGUGAAACUCAUUUUACUUAUCUCUUGUUAUGUAAUAGUCAUUGUUGAAACUUUUUAAAUGUUAAUUUCUUUUUUAUACGUCAUUUUUUAAUUUAUUUUUUAAACCUUUGUAAAUGCUUCUUUUUUGUUAAAUGUUAAUUUAUUUUGUCAGUCAUUUUUUAAAAUGUUAAUCGUUGUGAAAUGCUUGUAACGUUCUUUGCAUGUUUUCUUUUAGCCUUGAGAAUGAUGCGGAAUGCGUCGAAACGUUGGCUGUUGAUUUAGAUAUUUCAUUAAAUAAAGUCCAAAUAAGCCGAAAACCGACUUUUCAUUAUGUUGAAAAAGUUGCGAGUUUCUCCUUGAAAUAAGAAAGUUAGUGCUUACAUUUGGUACAUUCUCUAUAGUUGAAGAUCUGAAAAUAUUUUAGGUGAUACCGAAACGAUUGAUUAUGACUACAAACCAAAUUUGAAGUUUCUAAUUCCCCUGCAACCUCAAAAACUUCUUAUGCACAGGCUACGUAAAUCACCCUGUACAAGAAAAAAAAUGACAGCCAUACAAUGAACCCUAUAAACAUGUAUAGUAUAAAAGAAAGGUCUUUGAUCUUGAUCUUGUUGAUGUAUUAAUGUGCAUCAAACGUAGUAAUGAUAAAAAAAUUGGAAAUUACAUUACCAUUUACUGUUCUUGCAAAUAUUAUGAAUUACAUCGGCUAUUCUGAACAAGAAAAACUCAAUAUCGUAGAGAAAAUGGUGCUUCACGUCGAUGAUCUCCUGCGUAUUUUUCCUUCCAAAACUUGGAUGGUUUUUGGUCUGUCGUUAUAAACUUUAUUUUUGAAAUAACCCGGCAAUAACGUGUCUAGUGGAGAAAGGUCAGGACCAUUCGCUAACCAUAUUACUUGCCCAUGUCUACCCCAUUCAAUGGAUGCAUUUUAUUUGAAUAGUUAGUCUGCUUUCAUCAUCCAUCACUGUUGGAUAUCGGCCUUUUCCACUGCCUUUCACUUAAUCCUGUGUGUUUGGUGCCGCAUUCAUUCAAUUUCCCGCCACUGAUCGCAUGUCAUGGCUCCAUUUGGUUGGUGGUCUGCAUCUGUUUCUCUUGUCCUCUGUUGCUCUCCACUCCAUUACCCAUUCGAGUAGAUCUGAUGUACUUCAUACGGGCUAUAGGCUAUAUGGCAUGCCCAUCUCCAUUUGGAUAUUCUGAUAUUCUGGAGUAUGUAUGUGACCUAUCUUUGCUCAAUUUCUUAAUGUGAUCGCCCAUCCCUUCUUGUAAUCCCCAACAUAGGCCUUUCCGUUGAUCUCCGUAUACUCUAAGCUUAUUUGUGGUUUUUUUUUGUUAGGAUGAGACUCUCGCAUACAGGUUCAAUUACUAGUAGGAACGCCUUUUUCAUACCCGCUUCUUUCAAUGAGACAUUGGAACCUGCUUUUUAUGUCUCGUAUCGUACCCAAUGCUCUCCAACCCAAACUUAUGCGGUGUUGCAGGGGUAAUUAUCUUGCCCCGUUUUUUAUUUCAUGGCAUUCGUAUUGGUUAUCGUGCCCCUGGUGUCCAUCCAUCAACUUUUAUGCUGGUAUUUGGUACUAAAUUAGUCAUAAAUCUGUUUCUUUGAGAGCUUAUAGUGAUACCAAUGCUUGCUGAAGAUAGAUUCAGACUCAACCGCAUAAGCAUUUGUUGAGCUUCAUAUAUCUUGGGCGAAGCGACACAAAAAAUUUCCAUCAAUAUUUAUAUUCCAUUCUGUUCCCAAUUUAAUUAUUCGAAUAUAUCUAUGUAUUCCAAAACGGUCAGCAAGAGCUUGAGGGAAGUAGUCCCUCCAUGUCUACUCGUACUUUAUACUUUUCCGCAGUGUGGUGUCUGGCAGAUCCUGUUGCAAUGAUCGAUGGUGAUGUAUUGUUAUUUGGUACCUAACGGUCUAUCAUUCGGACUCCUGUACAUUUAUAGAAUGAUCCCAUUAUUUCUGGUAGCUUUGGCUUAUAGUAGUUGUUUCCUUUCCUUUGUGGUCAAUUCGAAAAUUUCUCUUUUGCCAGUGGCUAAGGACCUUUAUGUAUUUAUUUUCUUCAAGAUAUUGUAUCAGCUGUGAUUAUGCUAUGUAAUCACUUCGAUUAGUAAAUAUUCAGUUCAUGCCGAUAUAAAUGUCAAUGGUGUAAAAUCUCAUAAUUAUUUGAGUAGUGAAAUACAUCUUCCCUUAUCUCCCGAGUUCUGCUCGGAAUAAUAAUUAAUUUUAGCACCCUUUUUUCUAUAUUAUCUUCUCUGUAUUAAACUAACUUGGUAUUUUCAUCAAUUUUUUUAAUAAUUGUAUCCUAAGUUAUCUGGAGUUUCCAUUAGCCUUUGUAGCCCAGGGUCGAUCUGAUGCUUUAUAUAGAAAACCAUGAGCAAAUUAGAGACGAGCUGAAAUUUGUUGUAUAAGUUUGCACUAGGGUCCUUAAUAAACAACCCAACCCCACCGGUAAUCGGCCGUGCCUGUCACCCCUAGACAACCCCUAAGGGGUGAAAAUCAGACUUUUUUUUCAGUGUUUUUGGCAAUAUCUCAAAAACAAAGUUAUUUACGAAAAAAAAUGAAGGAAGAAACAUUGAAGAGCAUAAAAUUUCCUAUAAAAUCACGUCUAGCAGUUAUAUUUUGCUCUACCAGUGGCCGAGUUAUGAUAUUUUUAAUAACUGGAUAUUUUCUAAAAAUACCUUCUCUCUAGCCAUAACAAUUUAUAGGGUGCAGGAUAAGUUGGGACCUUAAAAUAAUGUUCUUCUUGCCAUGCCCGCUAUUUCCAAAUGUGAUACCACAUCUGGCCUGUUUAACAGAGGAAAACUGCAUCGUCUGGCAAGGAUUAGUCCUCGCUAAAACCGUCUGACACUAGGUGCAUUCGAUUCGCAAUGUUUUUCUCUUUAAUUGAGAAACUUUGGGGGCGACUGGCAAGGCUUUAAGCCCGUGAAAACCGUCUGGCAUUAUUACAGCCUUGUAAUGGCACAUUUUUGAAUGAUAUGCCGCAAAAAUUGACCAUCAGCAAGUAUUUCGAAUUUCGUGAAUUUUUUAAUGACUAAAUGACCCCACUACAUGCUGCCAGACUAUUGUUCUCGAUCACGGGGCAUAAUAUGUAAUACUACAUCGUUUACGCAAGAAAUUGCCCAUCGGCAACUUUUUACGGAAAAAAAUUUACUGGCUCUUAGACAUUUCUUUUGGGUGCAAGUAUGGUUGAAUAAUAGUUUACUACUCCAGCAAUAUGGGGAUGGGUUUCUAGUGAUUUUGGAAUCUCUUCAGUCCAGACCUCCGGUGGAUCCCUAAACAAAUUUUUUGUAACUGUUCACCAGGUGGUUGCAAAAAUGCAUGCUCAUAUCGUAAAAAUGGCAUAAAGUGUAUUUUGCCAUGUGGACAGUGUGAUGGUGUUACCUGUUUUAACAAGACAGUUGAGGAUAUAUAGGCGGAUGACAUCUCUAAAUAUGCAGAUUAAAAGCAGAAAUUCCACGGAUAUUGAAAAUAAUUAUUUUGAUACAUUUAAUACGUACGUAUAAUAUUAAUUCCAUUAACUCAUACAAAUUAAUGUAUGAAAUUAGAAAUAUACCUAGUACCUACUUGUACUCCCCACUGGUAUGCUUUUUAUUUCUAAUUUAUUGACUUAAGAAUGUUUUAAAUGUAUUUGCCAAAAUAUCCCUAUGGAGUGUUAGAUAUUUUUAAUAUAAAAAUCCAAUAAGUAAUGACCAGAGAGUAUUUUUACAAAAUACCCAGUUAUUAAAAAUACCAUAACUCUGCCACUGGUAAAGCAAAAUAUAACUACAAGUGAUUUUAUAGGGAAUUUUAUGCUCUUCAAUUUUUCUACCUUCAUAUUUUUUCGUAAAUAGCUUUGUUUUUAAGAUAUUGCCAAAAAACUAAAAAAAGUCCGAUUUUCAUUUCUUUAAAGGGUUGUUUAGGGGUGACAGACACGGCCGAUUACCGGUGGGAUUUGGUGGUAUUUUAAGGACCCCAAUAUAAACUUAUAUACCAAAUUUCAGCAUGUCUCUGAUUUGUUCAAGGUUUGACUGAAUCGAACCUGGGGCUAUUUGUCUUUUAAGUUUUCUCUCCUCAAUCAACAGUUUUGUAUGUUGUUCUGUUAUAUUUUCUGGUGAUUGGUUUUCAUUUAUCCGUCAUUUUAGACCUUGACUUUCCGGUCGGGUGUCACCUAGGUCCAUCUCCUUUUGGGUCUCUUUUCAAAAAAGCUGUUUGCCCGAUGACUGGGACUCCCGAAUUUGGAGGUUUUGCCAUUAAGAAAUAAUCCCGAGCAAGUUCUCUGUCGCCGUUACCGGAUAUUUCUAGCAGAUAAUUCUUUGGAUAUGCAAUAUGAGCAGCGCGCGUCGAUGGACUCGAUAAACCAGAUUUCCUUAAUUGGAGGCGUUGCGUUAUAGUAUUUUACUUAAAAAUAACUUCAUUUUAGGAAAUUGAUGGUAUUAAAGUUUUUUUCCACAACCGGGAUCCAUUUCGCCAAAUUUAUUGUUACGAAAUGGCAUCAAGAGCCAAGCCAGAUUCUAAUAAUCCAGUUGUUUACGUCUAGGGCGCGUCUUUUCUGGAAAUUCUAUUACAUUCGAUGCAAACAAAUUCUUCUGGAUAAAUCCGGCAUACGAUGUCUCUAUAAAUAGCGGGUUGAAGUCAGUUUCCAGGCAAUUUCAAUACGAGUUAUGUUGUGUUCAGUUUAAAUGAGCGAUAAUAAGUGAUAAAGAUAAAGAAAAUUUUUAUAGAGUCAAAGUUUGAUGAAAGUCGUUGUUUUUGUUUGUAAAGUAAGUUUUAGUGGAGUGGGAAUCUGUGACAUUAUUGAAACUUUGCAUGGUCGUUCGUAGAAGAGUACGUAUUGAGCUUAUUUUGUUAAUGGAAUUAUUAUUAGUAAAAUCAACUUACCUGAGUGGCGCCAAUGGCAAUUAUAGCGACUUGAGGAGGCAAGAUAACAGGCUUUGUGUAGGUACC